AUGGGGCUCCAGGGCCAGCCCGGCUUCUUGGACAUCCGCACGGCCAUGUCCACAUAUAACUUCGAACAGAACGCAGACAAGAGCACAAGGGAGAGUGUGGCACAAUUCAUGUGCCACACUCUUGAGACCCAGGAGCGGUUCUAUGCCCUAUACAAAACUGUUCAGAAGGCACAGGAGAUGCGGCAGUGCUUUGUUGCACUCAGCUGCGUGAACAAGGCCCCUCCUGUGCCUUCUGGGCCUGCGUCCUCCUCCGCCGCCGGCCCUUCCACCUCCGCCGCCGUAGGCCUUUCCGCCUCCGCCGCCGUCCGUUCCCCAGGCCUGGGAAAAGUGCGUCGCCGGCUGCUUGGGGCUGCCAGGGGGACUGGAGACGCCGCCCUAAAGCGGACACACUCCCCGAGCAAUACUACAGAAGUGGCAAGACGGAUCAAAUCCAAGUACUCGCCAAUGAAAAUGGCCAAAGUAAUGCUGAUGGACAUGCGGGGGUUAAAGAAACAACUGAGAAACCACAAAAAUGUGUAA